CAGAGACACACAGUGAGAGGGAGAUACGGGUAGAGUGAUACAGAGAGAGGGAGAGAUACUGAUGGAGGCAGAGAGAGAAAUACAGAGACACACACUUAGUCAUAGGAGCAGAGACACCCACCCCGCCGGUCAGAGACGCGAGAACAAGCUGCCAGGCCAGGGGGGUGGCGGUGGGGAGACAGAAACCGAGAAGAGAUCCAAAGCCAGAGAGACAGCCAACCCCAAAGAGAGAGCCGUAGACACACAGAGAAAGAGGCAGACACACACACACACACACACACACACACACACACACACACACACACACACACACACACACACGAGACCCUCAUGCAGAGAAAGAGAGAUCACCAGAGAGGAAGAGAUGGCAGAGACGCAGAAAACAGACCAAGUGACAUCACGGGAGAGCGUAGAGUCAAAAAGACAGGCAUUCAGAAAGAGAAUUGAGAAUGGGCAUUCAAAGGCCCUAGAGAUGGAGGGGACAGAGAAAGCCAAAGAGAGUCAGAAAUGGAGAGAGAGAAAACGCAAGAAAGAAGGCUCCACACCCAUCGUAGAGCCCAGCGUGAAGCUCAAACUCAUGAACCUGAGGAUCAACACCUGAGCUGAGCUCAGGAGUCAGACCCUUAACCGACUGAGACACCCAGGCGCCCCAGGAGUAUAUGUUGAAUAAACAAAUAAGCUCUUAUGUACUUCGGGAGUCUGCUUUUCCAGAAAGCCAUCAGCAGUGGUGAGGUGGGCAGGAGCCUCCUCGGAGCUCUGGAAGCCACCUGACCCUGAGCCCCCAUCAGAGCACACAGACUGGGCUCGAUGCCCGGAGGCAGCGGGAAAGGCCAGGCCGGAGGCACAUAAGAGAAUUCUACUUCCCCACCUUCAUGCUAUUUGGUGAAACCAUGUUCAGAGGCCAGUGCCAUGCUCAGCUUGGGGCAAUGUGGUGAUCCUCAGAGGGACGACCUUCCCGGCUCCCAGGCCGCGUCCAGGCCCAGGAUGAACCAAAUCCCACCCCCAGGCAAUGGACCCCAGCCAGCCACGCCACCCAGGACUGUGUGGGACGUGAGGGAUGUUGCCCCAGGGGGGCCCGAAACCGGGCAGCCCCGAGCAUGCUGGCCCAGGAGGCUCAAGGCAGCCAUCGUGGGAUUCCGGGCCACUUGCCCUUCCUCCUCCACCAUCUACUUCCUCUUCAUCCUCUUGGUGGUGUCCACCGUCUUCCACUCCCAUCACCGCCUGGCCCUGGUGCCCACCCCCUGGGCCUACUCAGGCCGCGUGGUCCUCCUCCCCAGACACCUGCCCAUGGGGGGCAUGUUCACCAUCAACGCCAAAGGCCGCCUGGGGAACCAGAUGGGGGAGUACGCCACCCUGUACGCCCUGGCCAAGAUGAACGGGCGGCCGGCCUUCAUCCCGGCCGCGAUGCACAGCACGCUGGCCCCCAUCUUCCGAAUCAGCCUCCCGGUCCUGCACGACACCACGGCCAGCAGGAUCCCGUGGCGGAACUACCACCUGAACGACUGGAUGGAGGAGCGCCACCGCCGCAUCCCGGGGGAGUACGUGCGCCUCACCGGCUACCCCUGCUCCUGGACCUUCUACCACCACCUGCGAGACGAGAUCCUGCAGGAGUUCACCUUGCACGACCACGUGCGGGAGGACGCCCAGAAGUUUCUGCGGGGCCUGCAGGCCAAGUGGGCCUGGCGGGCGACCUUCGUGGGGGUCCACGUGCGCCGGGGGGACUACGUGCGCGUCAUGCCGCGGGUGUGGAAGGGCGUGGUCGCCGACCGGGGCUACCUGCGCCGGGCCCUGGCCUGGUUCCGGGCCCGCUACCGCUCCCCAGUCUUCGUGAUCACCAGCGACGACAUGGCCUGGUGUCGGCAGAACAUCAACGCCUCCCGGGGGGACGUGGUGUUCGCGGGCAAUGGCCUUCAGGGCUCCCCCGCCAGGGACUUUGCGCUGCUCACGCAGUGUAACCACACCAUCAUGACCAUUGGGACGUUCGGGAUCUGGGCCGCCUACCUGGCCGGGGGGGACACCGUCUACCUGGCCAAUUUCACCCUCCCCGGCUCCCCCUUCCACUGGAUCUUCAAGCCCCAGGCGGCCUUCCUGCCCGAGUGGGUGGGCAUCGCUGCUGACCUUGGGCAGGCCAGAGAGACUGGCCCCUAGCCCGGUGUGUGGCGUGUCCCUCCCUCGCCCUGGGGCCAACAGGCUGUGCCCCGGAGCUGCAGCACCUGUGUUUGCCUCCAGGUCACGAUGCUUCCCAGCUGGGCCACCUCAGACAAGUGACUUAACCUCUCUGGGCCUUAGCGUGCCAACUGCCAAGUGGACCUAAUACAGAAUUUACCUCCGCAGCUCCUGCAGCAAGUUUAUUUAGUGUCUUGGGAACCCGAACCUGAACCCGAACAGGCACGUGGGUGGCGUAUCCUGAACUUUCGGGCUACUUUAAGAUGGAAACGUAUAUUUUGCCUUCUCUUCGUCUGUAGCUUCGGGAGCGUGAGUCCAAGUGUUUUGCCCUUGCCUCCUGGGAGGGUUCGGUGAAGCCGUUCCUGUCCUCAAGUCAAGGAGAGCCAAAUAUCAGGCUUUGGGUUUCAUGGGCCUCAUCAUGAAAGGGAGGGAACCCGGGAUUUGAGAGGAUGAAUCUCGGGGAGGUACCCUCAGUGGGGAGGCGAGGUGCCUGGAAAUGGGGGUGGGCGUUGGGGGGGGGCAGGACUCAGGCAGGACUCCACACCACUCGGCCGGCAGCAGCAAAGAUGCCCAGAGUCCAACGUCCUAGAAGAGGCGGGCGGACCUCAGGGGGCUCCAGGAAGCACGGCCAUGUCAGCAGCCACCUGCAGACGGAUGGCCUCACCCUUUGGCACUGCCUAUGCCCCCCAGGACCCAGAGCCACUCUGAGAAACCCCCAUGUGGACAAGAGUUGGAACAGGGUAUCACAGUAUGGGUUAUCCUGUGUUCAGUGCAUUUGGAACUAUGGAGAUAACCAGUAUGUUUUAUUGGUGUAGUGCUCCUUUUUGGAUAUUAAA